AGUUGGCGUUUGCGUGUGCGGCGGGUGGGUAACGCGCUGACCCACAGCUUCGUGUGCAGGAUGAAGAAGACGCGUUUUCAUUUGGAUGAAUACCUCUUCGUCUGACCGCAUAAGUUUUAAAGCUCUUAAAUGAUUAAUUUUUUAAAUAUUAACCAAUCAUAAAAAAAUACUUUUAUCGGUUAUUGUGUUUUAUCUUAUUUUGCUUCCUUUUUGUGUGAAAUAUCUUCACGAUGGGGGACGAAGAUACCUGCGUACGAGUGGCUGUCAGGAUUCGACCGCAAAUAGCCCGCGAAAAGAUCGACAUGUGCCGAGUGUGCACAACGGUGACCCCAGGCGAGCCUCAAGUAACGCUGGGAACUGACAAGUCAUUCACAUACGACUAUGUAUUUGACAUGGACUCCACCCAACAGAACGUCUACGAUUGUUGUGUGGCUUCCUUGGUGGAUGGGUCUUUGCAGGGUUACAACGCUACUAUCCUCGCCUACGGUCAGGACGCGUCCGGCAACAUCUACGUGUCGGGCGUGACCUCGCGGGCGGUGACGAGCGCGGACGACGCCCUGGAGCUGCUGCGCGUCGGCGCCGUGUCCCGCACCACCGGCAGCACGCAGAUGAACUCGCAGUCGUCGCGUUCCCACGCCAUCUUCACGCUGCACGUCAAGCAACAGCGCCUCUUAGCAUUAGGUAAUGUGAUAUCCGCUCUUGGAGACAAGGCAAAGAAGGCCUUACAUGUCCCGUACCGGGACUCUAAACUUACCAGGUUACUUCAAGACUCUCUUGGAGGAAACAGUCAAACAGUGAUGAUAGCUUGCAUAUCACCAAGUGAUAGAGAUUUUAUGGAAACACUGAAUACUUUAAAUUAUGCCAAUCGUGCAAGAAAUAUCAAGAACAAAGAUCAAAUUCAGAUGGAACAGAUAUAACAGAAAUGGUUCAAGGUUAUCUCAAAGAAAUUGAAGAAUUGCGAGCUAAGUUACUAGAAUCUGAAGCAACAUGCCAACAGUUGCGAAAAUCAUCAAUGAGACCUCGUGGUUCUAUAUCUCAUGGAAAUCCUUUUGACAUGUUUGGAGGAGAGACAUCAAAUGUUACUAGUCUCAUUGAGGAAGCUAAACGUGAAUUAGCAAAAGAAGUUGAUCGCCUAUCCCAAAGCAAUUAUCGUGACCAGACAGGAGAGGAAAAGAAGAAUGGUGUUGCUGAAGAUGAAGGCAGUCAAGCAGACAUAGAAAGUGAUACCAGUGACACAGAAGAUAAAGCAAGGGAUACUAAUGAAGAUGACUCAGAUUCAGAUACAGAUUCAGAUGAGAAAGAAGAGAAUGAAAUGCAACAACAGUAUGGUCUCAAGUUGGCAGAGCUCAAUUCUGAAAUGAAUAUAAAACAAAAGCUUAUCGAAGAACUGGAGCAAUCCCAACGUAGAUUACAAACUAUGCGCCAACAUUAUGAAGAUAAAGUACUUCAGUUGCAAGAACGAAUUAAAGCAACAGAAGAAGAACGAGAUAAAAUGCUUGCCUCUUACUCUGGUACAAACAGUACAGGAGGAGGGUCUUCUGACAAAAUGAAGCGUAUUAAAGAUGAAUAUGAGCGUAAAUUGACAGAUAUGCAAAAAGAACUUAAGAGAUUACAAACGGCUAAAAAAGAACAUGCUCGUCUACUCCAGAACCAACGAGCUCAUGAGAAUCAGUUGAGAAAUUUAAAAAAUGACCUUUCAGAGAUGAAACGUGCCAAGGUGAAACUAAUGAACAAAAUCAAAGAAGAAAGUCAGAGGCAUAAACAAUUGGAAAUGCAAAGGAAUCGAGAAAUUGCUCAGUUGCGAAAAGAGACACGAAAACAUGAAAAUCAAAUUCGUUCCCUUGAGCAAGAUAAGAAAAUUAGAGAUGCCAUGAUUAGAAGAAAAAAUGAAGAGGUGACAGCCUUACGUCGUGUUAAUAGAGGCAACCUCAGCAAUAAAGCUGCAGGCCGUGUUUCUCGCAAUGUAUCUCGAAAUAUGGGAUUUUUACCCAGGGUAGCAAAGCAAAAAUGGCAGAAGUUGGAAAAAACAAUAAGUAAAGUAGCUAUAAAUAAACAAGUUGUUACUUCAAUAGAAAGGGAAAUGGAAAGGCAACUGCAGGAACGAGAAAGAUUGGGUCGAGCACGUGAUGAUUUACUUGACAAAAUCUCUGAAGCUUCAAAGAAACAGUAUGGAGAUGAUACUAUAAAAGACUUAUCAGAUCAAUUAGAAGUGACUAAUGCAAAUAUAGAAUACAUUCAAUAUGUUAUCAAAGAAUCUCAGCAGACUAUUGUAGAAGUUGAAGAUUCCAAAGAAAAUAGUGAUUCUACUGAAAUUGAUGAAGUUGUACAAAAUAUCAUGGAUAUUGAAGAAGCAAAGUACCUGAUUACCAAACUUUACAAUAUGAGUAUAAAUCAGACUUAUGAGGUUGCACUUAGAGAAAGCAACAUCAAAGAGACUGAAGCAGAAUUACGAGAGCUCAAGCAACAAAACAAUAUUCAGCAACAGUUAUUACAGCAUGUGUAUACAACACCAGAGCUCAGUCUCUAUCCUACUGCUCCUAGCCAACAAAACAACAGUCAACUUCCAUCUUCAAAUAGUUCUGCAACAUCAUCCCGGUCUACAUCACCCACUGACAAUGUUAAUAAAAAUAAUAUUCAAACAAAACUUCAAAAAGAAAAAAUUCGUGGUCGAAAAACAAGAGGAGGAUGUGAGCUUCUCUCUUUCUUGUAUGGAGACCAAGGUGCUCCUGAAGAUGGUCCUUCUGUGACUUUGGAUUCUGGUGAAACUCCAGAUUUACUGCAACCUCCUAGCAGACCUAUCAACAGAGUUCCCAGUGCCCCUGGCUCACUCAAAACAAUGACUCUCCCCAAACCAGAUCCUAUAAAACCUUCACCAGCAAUGUCUCGUAAAGUAUAUGAACGACAAGAUUCCACCUCCCCGCGACCAAGUCGCCGAACUCUGCAGACUAACUUGCUUGGUAAACCUGGCUCUAUGGAGCAAGGCAUAGAUGCAAGCCCUCCUCAAUCGCCUCCUGCUUUCCGACGCCUGACAAGCCGGGAGGAAAAUGUAUUCUCUCGGCUUACAUCAAGUACCACAGCCUCAAAUGAUCAACCCACAGGCCAGGGAAUCAUCUCCACAUACCAGGGCAAGGUUGCAGCAAAAGCACCUCUAAUUUGUACCCAUGUAGCAGAGGGGCAUUCACGUGCUGUACUUUCAGUGGAUGCCACUGACGAUCUCUUAUUUAGUUCAUCCAAAGAUAGAACAGUUAAAGUGUGGGAUCUUCAGACUGGUGUGGAAAGACAAUCACUUGGAGGUCAUCCAAAUAAUGUGACAGUGGUGCGAUAUCAUGAAGAGUCAAGAUUAGUUUUUAGUGUCUCUUCAGCUUAUGUGAAAGUUUGGGAUCUUAGAGAUGCUCCUACGAAAUGUAUUCAAACUCUAUGUUCUUCUGGGCUGUCACUUGCUGGACCAAUCUCCCUUGCUACGGCUUCUCAUUCAUUGCAUCUCCCUCCUGGGGAGUCACAAUUGAAUGAUGUUGCCUUGAACCACAAUGGAAGGGUACUCUAUACUGCUUCAGGAGACAAAGUACGAGUUUGGGAUUUAAGAAGGUAUGAAGCAACUGGCAAGUUAAGUGGAGGACAUCAAGCAGCUAUCAUGUGCUUAGCCGUGGGAAAACUGUCUGAAGAGGAGGAUGUUGUAAUAACAGGAUCCAAAGAUCACUACAUUAAAGUUUUUGAAGUCAAUCGGGCAGCAGCUAGUGUCUUCACACCAAAGAUGAAUCUCAAUCCUCCCCAUUACGACGGCAUUCAAUCUCUUGCUAUUCAAGGGGAUAUUCUUUUCUCUGGAUCACGUGAUAUGUGCAUCAAAAAAUGGGAUCUUUCAAAACAAGAAUUAGUUCAGUCCUUGAAUAAUGCCCAUAAAGAUUGGGUAUGUGGCCUUGCUUUCAUGCCAGGAAGCCAAAUCCUUGUUUCUGGUUGCCGAGCUGGCACACUCAAAUUGUGGUCAGCGGAAACCUGUAAUCAGUUGGGUGAAAUGAAAGCUCAUGGUUCUCCGAUUAAUGCAAUUACAACCAAUUCAUCUCAUAUCUUCACUGCAUCUAACUCGGGUGAGGUGAAGAUCUGGAAGGCCCCACACUACUCGGCCAUGACCAUGUCCACAGGCAGAGUGUUUGAACUCUCGCUGUGAUGAGGCCUAACUUUUAACUGCAAUGCUGAGAGAUGGGCGUUUUGUACUUUGCUUUGGAUUGUUUUCCCAUAUUAUUCAUUGCCAUCACUUUCCUCUCUAAGUUAACCAAAUGAGGACUGACUAUUACCUUGAAACUGAAACUAUAUAAAUAUUGCCUUGUAGUUAGAAUGCAAUUCCACUGAAUUAUUUAAUUAAUAUCUAUGUGUCCCUUCAGAAUGUUAAUUUAUUUUUAUUUAUUUCUUAAAAUAAAAAGUUAACUACUACAUGUAGUGUACAGUUGAGAAAAUGAUGUACAGAUUUAAAAGUGUACAUUUGCUUUUAAAUGUUCCUAUAUUGUAUGGCCUUGUUUUUUUCUGAGACUUUGCAAGAUAAUUGAUGCAAAUCAUAAUGAUAUAGAAAUUUAGUUUCUCAAUUAAGAAACAAAUCAACAACAUAUGCUGGACAACUCACAGAAUAAAGGAACAAUUAACAUAGAACUAUAAAACAAAUUUUGUGGCUUUAUGAAUUUAGAUGUUCUUUUAAUUUUUAUAAAAGAAGGAAUUGAAAACUUAACUCUUCUUUUGGUGUCACGUGAAAGAUUACUAAAAGAAGACUGAUAAUUAUCACUAUAAAUAAAUAUAAAAUUUGUAGGUUAUAAAGUAAAUUGCCAACAGAUGAGAAAUUUCUGUUAUAACAAAAAAAAAAAAAGAAUUAUGAAAGUUUUUGUGAAAAUCCUUUUUAUGAUGUGAAAUGAAUUUGCUUACAUGGCCUUAAUGAUCACAAUAAAAAGGGAAACAUUUUCAGCACAGUAACUUCAAAAUUUUAGCAGAAAUGAUGCAGUAAACAAAGUGACCAUUAAAAAAUGUGAAAUAAUUUCACUAAACAAAUUUUUGUUUCAUUCUUUUGAAAUCUUUUAAUUUGUAUUCAAAUAUUUCAUUGGAAAAAAAUAUUUAAUUGGUUAAAAUGAAAUAUUGAGACAGUGUAGAAGAAAGAUCCAUUGUCUUUAAUCUAUUGAUUCGAAACGCCCAUCUCUGGUUCUUGUAUUUCUGCUGCAUUGUUCUCUCAGUUGCAAAGAAAGUGAUAAUGAUCACUUUCAAAGCUGGGAAAAUGAAGAUUUGUUGUUGCAGGUGAUUGCUAAUUCCUCAAUGAUAUCGCAUGACAAAUGUGAGCUUGCACCAUUUGUUUUCUGUUCUUUCUGUGUGGGACAUUAUUUUAUUUUUUUGCAGAUAUUUCAGUUUGCUUAUGUCCAUGUAUACAUUGAUAAAACCCUUCUUUAUAUCAAGAUCAAGAACAAGAAAUAUUUUUAUUGUAGGACAGUGUUUGCACGAGUACUUCAUGUGUUGUUGUUGAUCAAAUGAAGUUAAUGUUUCAAGUCCGUGUUUUGUUCUCUUUGCAGAUAAUCAUAUUAUUAUACCUAUUGUUACUGUAAAUGUUACCCGAUUUGUAAAUUAACACAAAUUUUUGAAGGAUUAAUUUCCUUCUUUUUUUUUGUGUGUGAAAUUUGACUAUGCACUUUAGAGAAUUGCUUCAUACAUUAGUUUAAUAAUUAAUAUUCAGGAUUUUCUGAAUAGUAUCAAAAACUGUCCUACACUCCAAUUGAUUAAAAAAAAUAAUUUUCCCUUGUAAAAGUAACAAAAAGUACAUGCAUGUCCCCCUUAACACAACUGUUAUCUUAAGUAUUUGCAUACAAUAUGUUCUUUCAAGAAGUGUUUUCCUCAUAGAUUCUAUUUGCUUGCUUACAUGUAUCAUGGCAUUAUUGUUUUCUAAUUGCAAUAAUAUAGACAUUGUGGAUUAUUGAUUUUUUAUUUAAUGAAGUUUGUUUUCCUUACAGUGAUGAUACAAUACGUAUCUGGAAAAGAAAUGGUCGUUUUGAUUAUUGCUUGGACCCAAGUGGAAGUGUCUGAAGCCUAGUACCUGUCUUGCCACCUGCUGGUUCAUCAGUGAAACAUUCCAAGAAUGUGGAUGAUCUCUUUAUCCAGCCAGAACAUGCAUUCCAUUUUCUUCAAAUCUUUUAUAUUUUACUCUUAGUCAAAUUAUGGAUAUUAUUUAUAAUAAUUUUACAUAUAUUUUUUAAUAUUUCAGAUUUUAAUAAAUAACUUAGUAUUUACAUUGUGUUCCUUCACAUUGUAAUACAUUUGUUUAUUGUAGAACAUUGUAUUUUUUUAACAACAUUAUGCAAUUGAAAAUGAGAAUAUUGAUCAGCAGUUGACAAGAGUCCCAGGUUCACUUGGGUAUGAUUGAUAUGAAACAGUAUUAUUUUUUGUUGACAAUAUUAGUACCAUUUGCCACAACUUUGUGGAGCUAUUAUAUAAGGAUAAAUGCAAAUGUAUUGUUGAUUUUGUAUGAGACUGUGCAAAUAUGUAUAUCUGAAGGAUGAAAGAAAUGUCUGAAUUUCUACAGUAUUUCAAUAUUAAUUCCAGUGUAUAAAUGGUAGCUUACUUUCUUAUUUCUCCUAUUUUGUGUAUUUUAUUUCCUUGCAAUUUUGUAAAGAAUUUGUGUUAUUUAUUUUUGUUAUUUUAUAUUAAUAAUUUAACAGUAAAUGUACAAAUGAUGCGCCUUGUGAUUAUAUUAAAGUCAUAAUUUGAUACUUA